ACAUUUGUUAGGAUUUCUCUUUAUUUAAAUACUAAACAAGUUUCAUGUUAAAAUAAAAAAUUUGUUUUCAUUACGUCUGCAUAAAAAAAUUAUAUAACAUCGUUAUUGGUUCUGUAGGGUUGCUUUUGGCACUUGAAAUCAGAGUCUUACUCUUUGCAAAAUAGUUAUCAUGAUUUUGAUUUGUAUAGCAAUAUUCCUAGUUUCUCUUGCUUGUCUUUGGCUAUGGGGAAACGAGAAUAAAGUAAAGGGAUUGCCUCCAGGUCCAAAAGGAGUGCCAAUUUUGGGUAGCCUUCUCAAGUUAGGGGCAAACCCUCAUCUUGAUCUACACAAACUAUCCCAAAAAUAUGGACCAAUCAUGCACUUGCGCUUAGGUUUAGUACCAACCAUAGUUGUUUCUUCACCUCAAGCUGCUGAACUCUUUCUCAAGACUCAUGAUCUUGUCUUUGCAAGUAGACCACCUAUUGAGGCAGGAAAAGUCAUGUUUUAUAAUCAGAAGGAUGUAAGCUUCAGUGUAUACGGUUCAUAUUGGCGAAACAUGCGCAAGAUGUGCACAUUAGAAUUGUUGAGCCAUUCAAAAAUCAACAGUUUUAGAAACACGAGGGAACAAGAGCUUGACCUAUUGAUCAAGUUUAUAAGAGAAGCAGCCAAUGAUGGAACAACGGUUGAUAUAAGUGCCAAGGUUGCUGCACUUACAGUUGAUAUGACUUGCAUAAUAGUUUUUGGGAAAAAGUAUUCGGACAAGGAUUUGAAUGAGAAGGGAUUCAAGGCUUCGAUGAAAGAGUUAAUGAGUUUAGCAGCAACUCCUAACAUUGCUGAUUUUAUUCCUUACAUUGGAGCACUUGAUUUAAAUGGUCUAACGAGGCGUAUGAAAGCAAUUGGCAAAAUCUUUGAUGAGUUUUUGGAGAAAAUUAUUGAUGAGCACAUCCAAUCUGAAAACAAAGAUGAUAACAAGACCAAGGAUUUUGUAGAUGUCAUGUUGGGCUUUGUUGGUACUGAGGAAUCUGAUUACCGUAUUGAAAGGUCCAAUAUUAAAGCCAUAAUAAUGGAUAUGUUGAUAGGUGCAACAGAUACUUCUGCAACAGCAAUUGAGUGGACAAUUUCAGAGCUAUUAAAAAAUCCAAGAGUUAUGAAAAAGGUGCAAAAAGAGUUGGAAAUAGUGGUGGGUAUGAAGAGAAAAGUGGAGGAAUCAGAUUUGGAGAAGUUGGAGUAUUUGAACAUGGUUAUAAAAGAAAGCCUCAGGUUUCAUCCAGUGGUACCCCUAUCAGUACCACACCAAUCCAUGGAAGAUUGCACUGUUGAAGAAUUUUUCAUACCUAAAAACUCAAGGAUCAUGGUGAAUGCAUGGGCAAUUAUGAGAGAUCCAAAUUCUUGGACUGACCCUGAGAAGUUUUGGCCUGAGAGAUUUGAAGGAAACAACAUAGAUGUUGGAGGGCAACACUUUCAUCUUAUACCAUUUGGCUCUGGAAGAAGGGGAUGUCCUGGAUUGCAAUUAGGUCUAACUAUGGUGCGUUUGGCGGUAGCCCAACUUGUGCAUUGCUUUGAUUUUAAAUUGCCUAAUGAUAUGUUACCAAGUGACUUGGACAUGACAGAAUCAUUUGGUGUUACUAUGCCUAGAGCCAAUCAUCUAAUUGCAAUCCCUGUUUAUCGUCUCUAAGUUAAAAAAAAAACAAAUGUAGUUGACAUUGCAAUUUAUGUUUGAAAAAUAUUUGUAGACAAAUAAGUUGUCAUUUGUUUUCUCAAUUGAUUUUACACAUAAUGGAGUGUGCUUUGAAAUUCAAAAUAAUUUCCUUUCUAAA